CUCUUUGGUAACUAUGCCGCUGCCACCAUUCUGGCUUCCUUUGGUUGUGUUCUACCAGAAACUUAGAGAGAGAGAGAGAGAGAGAGGGAGGGAGAAUUUUUUUUCUUUUUGGGUCAGAGAGCGACCCAUUUCACUUUCCUCUUCUUUGUGCUAUAUAAGUGACUCAAAAAAGCCUGUGUCUUUAGGGUUUUCUGCUGGAAGAGGAUCAUUAUUCUCUAGAGCUUUUUGAUAAUACAUAAAUGGUGGACUCCCCAGAAUCAAGUUUGGUAAGCUCCAGAUUUUUAUCAUAUAUUCUAUGCCAGCUUCUAUCUUAUUAUUGUUCAAUCAGUGACUUCACUUUCAUUGCGAAUCAUGUAUAAUUUUUUUUCUUUCUUUUAAAGAAAGAAAGAAAGAAAAAAAAAAGCAUCUGAAAGCGCUGCACAACCAGUAGCUACUACCUUCAACUAUCUUAAAUCUGAGCGCAAAAGCUGUAGUCUUUAAAGGGGCGUUGCAUCAAUGACAAGGAAGCAGCGUUUGAUUUUAGCUUUGGUAGUUUCGCAAUGAGUUUGGUCUGUGUUUGAAUAGAAAGAGUUAGGAUUUGCCUUUACAUGUUCUCUGAGUGUGCCCAUAUGAUCUGUGGGAUGUCGGAGUACAAAGAGCAGAAGUGGUUUUUGAAGCAUACUCAUUUGAAGAUGUCUUCGAUUCAGCAUCAACUACAGCUAAAAGAUGGUUAUUUGAGCUACCCACCUCCUGUUUCUCCUUCAUCCUCAUCUCCAUAUACUAGUACUUUUCAUAAAGAAUCAACCCCUUCAUCAUCUGGUACUAAAAUAAGCCCAGCUCUUCUUUUCAUUAUAGUAAUUCUGGCUGUACUAUUUUUCAUCUCUGGUCUACUCCACCUUCUUGUUAGAUUUCUCGUAAAGCACCCAUCUUCCUCUGCAUCUAGUCGAUCUAACAGAUACCCAGAAAUUUCUAGCUCUGAUACUCUCCAGAGACAGCUGCAACAACUCUUCCAUCUCCAUGACUCUGGUCUAGAUCAAGCUUUUAUAGAUGCUCUUCCUGUUUUCCAGUAUAAAGAGAUAGUGGGUCUCAAGGAGCCAUUUGACUGUGCCGUUUGUCUGUGUGAAUUUUCUGAAAAGGACAAGCUCAGAUUGCUUCCCAUGUGUAGCCAUGCUUUCCAUAUCAAUUGUAUAGACACUUGGCUCUUAUCAAAUUCAACAUGUCCUCUUUGCAGAGGGACCCUCUUCACUCCCGGAUUUUCCAUUGAAAACCCAAUUUUUGAUUUUGAUGAUUUAAGAGAAGAAGAUGGUUGUACUGGUGAUGGGCAAAAUCGGUUCACUUCUAGUCAGAAAACAGUCGAAAUGGAAGAAAUUGUAAUUGAGAAGGGGGGUUUCCCAGUGAGACUUGGUAAAUUCAGAAAGCCAAAUGUUGAAGCAGGGGAGUUUGAAGGGGGAGAGACCAGUAGCAGUAAUUUAGAUGCAAGAAGAUGUUUCUCUAUGGGAUCAUAUCAGUACGUACUUGGCAACUCAGAACUCCGGGUUGCCUUGUACCAUGAUGAACAAGGGCACGACAUAAAGCUCGCAAAAGGGAUAGAACAUAAUGGGAAUUCCUCGGUUGAUGGAGAUGUGGAAGGGAAGAAGAUUGGUACUGUGACUAAAGGUGAGAGCUAUUCUGUUUCCAAGAUCUGGCAGUGGUCAAAGAAAGGCAAAUUUUCAAGCUCUUCAGAUGUCCAGAUGGGCAUGCCACCUUCUCUUAAUAUGGAAUUGCCAUGGAUGAAUAAACCACAAGGGACAUGAAGUUGGACAGUGGUGGUGGGAUCCAUGAAAGCUGUGUGACAGAAUCUUUCAUUCUUGUUAUAUGAGACCUUUGAUUCAGAAAUUGGCUGGACUGGCAUUGCUGUGGGGUCCUACUUUGCUCUUCCCAUGUGGCCUUGUUGAAAUAAAUUUUCCAUGUAUUCCUCAUUUGAUUUCAAAUGUGCUGAUUAUCAAUGGGUCUCAAGUUUAGCAACCUGGGAAAGUGUCUCUUCAGUGGAUUAAUAUAAGAAACAGUCAAAUGAGAUUUGAAAAAGGGCAAAAAGAACAGACAGAAAAAGAGAAAGCUGUACCAAAAGAUAAAAACAAAAGAUGAGAUUAAGAAAAGGGUUGGGAUUCUGACGCUCCCUUUGGCCAUUGUGGUUGCUAUAAUAUUUCUCUUUCUUGUUUUCUUUCAUGGUUUUCUGAAAUAAUACCAAGUUCUUAUUU